GAUACGCGUGUAAUCGUGCAGUUCAUGCAGUUGACCAACGGUCGUUGAUUGGAGUGGAUGUUGUCUUGCUUCUCAUCGCCGUCAUCGUCGUCAUUACCGCGUGCUUAACAAAUCGGGAACGCGUUAUGGAAUCCUGAUAGUGUAGGACAUCCUCGUCGAAAGGUGCAGCAAACGGUUCUCAAUCCCAUUGAGAGACUCACCCCGUGAGAUAAAGCCGCCAACAUGGACGGGAAAGCAUACACUGAGAAACCGAAGAAUCCCAGGGCGGGCGCCAACGUCUUCAGCGUCCUGACGUUCGCUUGGGUCCUACGCAUUUUCAUGCUGGGUUACCGCAGAGAUCUUGAAAUAACUGAUUUGUACACACCGCUUAAAGAGCAUACAAGUAGUAUUAUUGGUACUAAACUAUCGAACGCCUGGGAUAAAGAAUGUGAGGCGUAUCAGCGCAGGUUGGAGAAGAGCAAAUCGCUGAAGAAAGUCAAGGAGCCCAGCCUGAUGAAAGUUCUUAUUAAGGUUUUCGGCUUCGAGGUUCUAUUGUAUGGGAUUAUUAUGGCAAUCUUCGAGCUCGUACUCAGGGUGCUGCAGCCUUUAUUACUAGGUCGAUUGCUGCACUAUUUCAACAGCACGGACGUUGACAAGGGAUACGCGUACGGUGUCGCCGUCGGCGUGAUUCUGUGCUCCGCUGUCAACGUGUUCGCCACCCAUAUGUUCAUGAUGGGUAUCAUGCAUAUGGGCAUGAAGAUUCGCGUGGCCUGCUGCUCGCUCAUUUAUCGCAAAACCUUGAAGAUGACCAGGACCGCACUGGGUGAAACGACAAUCGGCCAGGCGGUUAAUUUGCUGUCCAACGACGUUAACAGAUUCGAUGUUAGUAUCAUAUUUCUCCAUUAUUUGUGGCUCGGACCAGUGGAGACUAUUAUCCUCACAUACGUCAUGUGGGACCUGGUUGGCAUUGGAGUAUCGUCUAUCAUUGGUGUCGCUACUUUGUUGAUGUUUAUUCCUUUACAAGUGUGGCUGGGUAAAAAGGCGUCAGUGCUGAGAUUAAAAACCGCCAUGAGGACUGACGAGAGGGUGCGAUUGACGAAUGAGAUUGUCACCGGAAUCCAAGCUAUCAAGAUGUACACCUGGGAGAAUCCGUUCAGCGCACUCAUAGACAAAGCAAGAAGGAAGGAAAUUAAUGUCAUCCGAUGGGCGUCGUAUAUUAGAGGUGUCACCCUGUCGUUCACCAUCUUCUCCACGAGGCUAUCGCUGUUCAUUACAGUGCUGGCUUACGUGCUGCUCGGAGAUACGAUAAAGGCCGAGAUAGUGUUCGUCAUAACCGCCUACUAUAACAGUUUACGGAACUGUAUGACUGUUUUCUUUCCGAAUGGUGUAACGCAGGUAGCGGAAGCGAUAGUAUCUAUAAAACGAUUGCAAAAGUUUUUGAUGUAUGAAGAAUUAACACAUCCCGAAAUCGAAGCGAAGAAUGACAGUAAAAGUAACCCGAAGACGUUUGACAAUAAGGACCUGAAGAACUAUGACAAGAAUAGUGCUAAGGAAAAUAAUGAAGAGAACUGGAAGGAAAAUAACAAGGAAAACGAGAAAAAAAGUAACAAGGAUGAUCUGAUCGAACAGAAGAGCGGCUACACGACUAUAAACCAGCACAGUAUUUCAAUUGAGAAUGGCAGCGCCAAGUGGCUGGAGUAUGAGCGCCAAGACACUUUGCAGAAUAUCAAUAUGCAAGUGCGUCCCGGUGAACUGAUUGCCAUCGUCGGGCAGGUCGGCUCGGGCAAAAGCAGUCUACUGAACGUCAUCCUGAGAGAACUACGUUUGCAGGAAGGCUCCAUUCAAAUUAAUGGUAAGAUUGUUUAUGCCAGUCAAGAACCAUGGUUAUUCGCCGGAUCGGUAAGACAGAAUAUUCUAUUUGGACGAAAGAUGGAUAAAAUUCGGUACGAUCGCGUGACUAAAGUGUGUCAGUUAAAAAGAGAUUUUACUCUACUGCCUUAUGGCGAUAAGACGAUUGUAGGCGAGAGGGGUAUCAGUUUAUCCGGUGGUCAACGUGCAAGGAUAAACUUGGCUAGAGCUGUUUACGCCGAGGCUGACAUAUAUCUCAUGGACGAUCCUUUGAGCGCCGUAGACGCCCAUGUGGGCAAGCACAUGUUUGAAGAAUGCAUUGACAAAUAUCUACGAGGCAAGACUCGGAUUCUCGUGACUCAUCAAUUGCAGUACUUGACCAACGUCGGUAAAAUUAUCGUUUUGAAGGAUGGAGCCAUCCAGGCUCAAGGCACUUAUGACGAGUUGGGUUCUAUGGGGAUAGAUUUCGGUCGAUUGUUGGAGAGCCAAGCGGAUUCAGACGAAAAAACUUCUCAACCUCCAUCAGCUUCCGUUAGUCGUAGCAAUUCACGUACCGCCAGUAUCACGUCACUGAGUUCCUUCGAGACGAACGGUACUUCGACACAGAAAGAACCUGAAGAGGUAGCUGAGACGCGAACGGCAGGCAGUAUUUCCGGACAAGUGUUCACGGAUUACUUCCGCGCAGGUGGCAACUGGUGCAUUAUAUUUUUGGUGGCGUUAUUGUGCAUACUUGCACAAUUAACGGCCAGUGGCGGCGAUUACUUUCUUUCGGCAUGGACUAAAAUAGAGGAAAAAUAUAUGAAUAAAACGGAUGACGUCAUUGUAGAAAAUCCAGAAGCUGCUUUCACUCGCAUGCAGUGCAUCUACAUCUUCACCGCGCUGAUCGUAUUGACAAUUUGCUUUACCUUAAUCCGUUCAUUCUUCUUCUUCUGGACUUCCAUGCAGGCUUCGAUACAUCUGCACGAUCGUAUGUUUCGCAGUAUCAGUCGCGCCACUAUGAGAUUCUUCAACACCAACACAUCGGGACGUAUACUUAAUCGCUUCUCCAAGGAUGUAGGCGCGGUAGACGAAUUGCUACCUACUGCGUUUAUUGACAGUAUCCAAAUUGGUCUGACGCUGUUGGGUAUCAUUGUUGUAGUUGCUGUAGCAAACGUCUGGCUUUUAAUACCUACGGUAGUUAUCGGUAUUAUCUUUUAUUAUCUGAGGAUUUUCUACCUGACUACCAGUCGUAACAUCAAGCGUCUCGAAGGCGUCACCCGCUCGCCGGUCUUCGCUCACUUGAGCGCGACUCUUCAAGGACUCCCGACGAUCCGCGCGUUUGAAGCAGAAGAGAUCCUUACAAAGGAGUUUGAUAAUCACCAAGAUCUCCAUUCGUCCGCGUGGUUUCUCUUUAUUGGGUCGUCGCGCGCCUUCGGCUUUUGGUUGGACGUUUUCUGUGUAAUAUACAUCAUAUUCGUCACGCUGAGUUUCCUCGUACUGAAUUUCUACGAUCCGGGCACGCAUGACGGUGCAAGGGUAGGUCUAGCGAUCACGCAGAGUAUCGGUCUUACCGGCAUGUUCCAGUGGGGUAUGCGCCAGAGUGCCGAGCUGGAGAAUCAGAUGACCUCAGUAGAGCGCAUCUUGGAAUACAACAAAGUGGAGAGUGAGCCUCCUCUCGAGAGCGCCCCCGGUAAAAAGCCCAACGCCGAGUGGCCGCCGGAAGGCAAAAUCGAGUUCAAAAACGUUUUUCUUCGCUACGCACCACUAGAACCGCCAGUGCUUAAAAACCUCAGCUUCGUCAUCUUACCGCGGGAGAAAAUCGGCAUUGUCGGCAGGACUGGCGCCGGCAAGUCAUCCCUGAUUCAGGCGGUCUUCCGCUUGGCCGAAAUAGACGGUCUAAUCGAGAUUGACCAAAUCGAUACUGCCUCUAUCGGUCUGCACGAUCUGCGCUCCAAGAUCAGUAUCAUCCCGCAGGAACCGUUUCUGUUCUCCGGCACCCUGCGACGAAAUCUCGACCCGUUCGACAUGUACAUGGACGCUCCGCUGUGGCAAGCUCUCGAGGAAGUCGAGUUGAAAGAAAUGGGCCUGGAGGCUCACGUCAACGAGGGCGGUUCCAAUCUCAGCGUCGGUCAACGGCAGCUGGUUUGCCUGGCACGCGCCAUCGUUAGAAACAACCCGAUACUCGUGCUGGACGAGGCAACCGCGAAUGUGGAUCCCCGAACGGAUGAGCUGAUCCAGACGACGAUCAGAAACAAGUUCGAAAAAUGUACAGUGCUAACAAUCGCCCAUCGGCUCAAUACUGUCAUGGACAGCGAUCGCAUCUUGGUGAUGGACGCCGGCACCGCGGUGGAAUUCGAUCAUCCCUAUGUGCUGCUGCAGAAGGAGACAGGCUACCUGAAGAGUAUGGUGCAGGAGACCGGCAAGGCAAUGGCGGAAGCUCUAAUCGCGAUCGCCCGCGAGUGCUAUGAAAAACGUGGGUUCACGUCGCUUUGAUGCAUCCUCGACGUUAAUUUUCUGCAAUUGCGUUCGAUAGACAUCGUGAUAGUGUGUUGCCAUGAAAGUUCCGUCGGUUUUUGUGGGCAAAAUCCUAAGAAUGUGAAAGAUGAGCGAAAAGGUGUGCGGAUGGAAUUUAAAACUCACAAUCAUCAGGGUUUACUUUAUAUCCUGUCAUUGUCUUCUACAUUUUAUUCACAUGGAAAUUCUGUUUUAUUAUUCUUCCAAUGUGUCACAGUAUUCGGAAUUUUUUAUUAGACUUAGCAGCAUUCUCAAAUGAGAAUUUGGAGUAUUGAAAAUGAGAAGUCGAGAAACAAGAUGAUUUGAAGAUAGGAAAAAUAUGGAUCGUAGAAUUUAAAAUAUCAAAAUGCAAAUGUAAUUAAAAAUUAAGAGAAAAUCUAUAGAGAAAUGUAAAGUUCUGAAGCGGACUUGAAGAGAGAAAAGAAAGUAAGUAAAUAAAUGUAGAGAAGGAUGAAAAGUUGUACAAUCUCGGAUUCGAAGAUUCCGAAGGAAUCGAAGGAAAAAACCGAGGAUACUGGGGAAAACUGGCGAAACUUUCGUCAACAAGAUACAAUAGUAAUAAUUAAUAAUCAUUUUCACUGCGACCUGCAUACAGUUUCAUUCAGCUGGUCUUUUCUUUUUCGUAAUCGCGGAUUUUUUGUAACAUUAAUGUAACGCGCGGUUAUAAUCGAUGCAUGUCGGUGCAGCGAGCAAUCAAGAAAUCUAAAGUUCGCGUAGAUCGCAGAGCAAACUGUAGUUACAGUAUUAUUACAUCAUUUUUGUAUCAGCCUGACCCAGAUAUUUCAUCAAGAAGAUUUAAGCUUAACCCCUUGGAUCACCGAUGUCUUUUAUCGUCACUGAACUGCCAUAAGUGCUAGGAAAAUUUUUUUGUAUAUACAUACGUACUCUCUAAAAUCUUUGGAGUGGAAUCCCACUCUAAAAGUGUGAAAAUCCUGCCAGUCUUGACAAAGAGUGACAAAUAUUCGUUAUCUAAAAAACUUUUUUAUAUUAUUUUCAGAUGCAAUGUAGCACAAUCUAAUUUUUUCAUUAUUUUGAAAAUACAUGUUAUACAUCCUUAUAUUUUAAAAGAGCCUAAAAUCGUACAAUUUCCAAUUGAGCGUGAGUGUAAAAACCACAAAUUUUGAUAUCGCUAUUUAGAAUAGUUGAGAAGAUUCCAAACUUGGAAAACUUUGGAAGAUAUAAUUUAGUUAAUUUCAUUCAAUCUUGAAAAUAAUUAUUCUCUAUAUUGUAAUUGCAGGAUCGAUCGGUGAACCAAUAGGUCGAGGGAAUUAACAUAAGAUAUAGUACAGAAAAAUGAUUUUUAUAUUCUCAUUAUAUAUUUCGAUAAAUAGAUAUAAAAGGUGCCCGGAAAGAAACGAGUCGUAGCGGUUAGCAGAUCCAUGAUUCGUGUAUUCCUGUCGUCUCGCUUUGUCCCGGACACCAUUGUAUAUCUGUGAUUUUUGCAAGAAUUUUACAAUGUUCCUCCUGUUGUACUGGUGCUGCAAGUACAAGGAAGACUAAAAAAGAGACGCAGGUAACACAAAGUCUAAAAUUAGGUCAGAAGACGUCUUUAAAAUUAUUUUGACAAAUGUGUUUUUAAGACGUCUAUAAUCCGAUUUGAAACUUUGUGUUGUCUGGGGCGAUGCCUCUGCUCUAGAUUUAAAUGCGAAAUACUUAAAUGCAUAGAAUAUUACAUUAUUUUCUAUUGUUCUCCUAGGUAAAUAUUUAAAAAGAACUCAUGCCUCGCCGAUAAUGUUGAUACUUGUUUUGAAAGAUUUAUUUUUUUAAAUAACUUUAUUAUAAUAAUCAGAUGGACAUCUGUUAGUUUUUGAGAUAUUUAAAUACACAGAUGUUUAUACAUGAUCGCUGUAAUUGAUUUUCGCGUAAAUACUGCAAAAUCAAAAAGUAAUAAAAUCUUCAAAGUACUUAAACGCCUUUCUCGAAAAAAUCGUGAUUUAUAUUUUCGAGAAUUGUUUGUCGGGCCUAGAAAGUGACAGGCGAGUAUCACCGAUUGCGUUGAGAACAACUUCGAAACAAAUCGAAGGAAAUCGUUCUUGAAAGUUAGAUAUCAAAUUAAAUAAAGAUAUUUGUAUCCGUGACUACUUUUUUUCGAAGAUAGUCUUUAGAAUUUUAUUUUUCGUGUCGUCCUUGUUUUUAUUAUUAAUCCCUUUAUUUAUAUCUGUGUACGUGAUGAUUAUUAGUAGUGAUAAUCACUCUGUCUCUUCUUUCAUUUCCAAUUUGUACGUUCCUAUUUUUUCCUUAAAUGUUUAUAUUUGCAUAUUUUUAAUACUAUUCUUUUCAAUAUGACGUUUUUAGAUUCUGUAAUGUUUACUUCCUUUCAUUUACUUUUGCUCUCCAAAUUUUAGCAUCCUUGAUGCUUCCAAUCUCAAACUUUCUUAGUUAAUCUUUUAUUCACGUAUUUUUUUUCAUCUUCUAACUCUUUAAUGUAAGAAUCGUAGACUAUUCAGAAUUCUGAAUGCUGGGAAAUCUUUACAUGUCCUCCGAAAGUAAUAUUAAUGGUAUGUUUAUAUCGAGCCGCCACGUAUUUUAUAAACAAUUAAAGGCAAUAGUGUUCGAUCGGAAACACUUCACUACAUACAUCAAUGUUUAUAUCGAUUCGCGCUCAAGUUUUAAUCCCUUUUCUGUUAUUAAUAGCAGUCGAUAACUUUAAGUAGCCAUUUCAACUGUAGCAUAAUUU